AUCAUUUAAUAAUUAGUGCUACUAAUAUUGAUACAUAUUUUAAAAUUAUCUUAAAAGUUAUAAAUAGAUAUCAUAUGGGUAGCCAAAAUAAUAGAGUAGAACUGAUAAGCUUGUUAUUUCUGAUAAUUUUGAACGCUCUUAAUUUUUUUAUACAGUUGUUAAAAAUUUCAAAAAUAUAAAUUGUUUUCCAUUGUAUGCUUUUUUUAGUUAACUUAAUAUGACACAAAGCUAUUAAUUGCUUUGUUAUUCACUUAAAUAUUUAUUUGGUCUUUGAUUUAGAUGUUCAUGCUUAUUAUUUUAAAUAUAAAAUUAUUGUUGUAAUAUUUACAUAAAAAAAGAUUGUACGUAAAAUAAUCAGAAAACAAUUGCCUUAUCUAAAAAUAGUUUUAGAUAUCUUUGAAUAUUUUGUGUAUUGUUUUCUUGUUAUUUUUGUUUUAAAGUUCUUUUUCUCUAAUAUAUACCUAUUUCUUUGUGUGCUGAAAUGUAUGAACCUCGUUGGAAAUCACAAAUCUUGUGCCUUUUACUAGUGUCUCUAGUGUUUGCAAUUCUCUUUGUAUCACGUGCCUGGAUAGGAAUUGUGAUUCUCCGCUCUUCAAGAGCUGAAACUUUUGAUACAGAGACAUUAGUAGACAAUGCCAAGAUUGCUACGUGGUUACGUCGGGCUCGGAUGUACGCCGAGUCGACGAAGGAGAACCAGAAUGCGGACAGGAACAACAGUAUCAGUUCGCCACAACGCUACAGCACCAACUCCUCAGGGCAGAUCCUUGUCUGUUAUUACACCAUACAGAGCAACCUGAACACGUUCUGGGAGCUCAGUCCGUCGCACGUUGACCCUAAUCUUUGUACGCAUAUUAUCGUGGGUUUUGCGAGCGUGGUGAACUGCAGUCUCGAUCUGGGCAGUAAUUCAUCAAUUUACAAGGAUAUUCUUGCCUUGAAAAAGCUGCAACCUGAAUUAAGGGUCAUGAUUAGUGCUGGUGGCAGUAAUGAGCUCCACUUAGGUUUCUCAGAAAUGGUAAAAAAUCAUCUUAAUAGGAAAAGAUUUAUAAAGUCAGUAUUAAACGUAACAAAAACAUUUGGUUUUGAUGGAUUAGACUUAGAUUGGGAAUUUCCAGCAUGGCUUGGAGCUGAUGAUAGAGAAAAGAUUCAUUUCAUACAACUAUUAGAAGAAUUGCGAAAAGAAUUUUACCGAGCCAAAGAAUCAUUAAUUCUUUCUGUUGCAGUAGCUGCUCCACAGGCUAUUGUUGAUCAAAGCUAUGAUGUUGUAGAGAUGGCAAAGUAUGUAGAUUUUGUGAACUUAAUGUCAUAUGAUUACCAUUUUUAUGUUUGGUAUUAUCCAAUAACUGAUCUCAAUGCACCACUAUAUCCACGCCUUGCUGAGUCUGGGUAUCUUUCCACUUUGAAUGUUAACUUUUCCACCCAAUAUUGGCUUUCCAAAGGCAUGCCCAGGGAAAAGUUGAUCAUUGGAAUUCCUACUUAUGGUCAUUCCUAUAGGCUGGAUAAUCCACUGAAUCGUGGUUUACUUGCCCCUGCAAAUGGGUUUGGUAAACUAGGCAAAAUGGGUUUUGUUUCUUAUUAUACUGUAUGCCAGUUUCUUCACGAUGGUGCGAAGAGUGUUUUUGAUGAUGAAAGCAAAGUUCCCUAUGCUUAUAAAGACAGAGAAUGGAUAUCAUAUGAUGAUGUUACAAGCGUUUAUUACAAGGCGGAAUGGAUUCGUGCAAAUAAUUUUGGAGGGGCAAUGAUACUAUCCUUAAAUGUUGAUGACUGGAAUAAUACAUGUAAAUUCAAUGAAACGUUUCCUUUAACCCGUACUGUUACCAAAGUUCUCAGGUAUCGAGAAUAUUAAUGGUUGUAUUAUUUAAUUGUCACCUACAUUCCUGUAAACGUUGCAUUUUCAGAAAAAUAUGUAGUUAACUUUUAGUAUAUUGUAUAUGUAUUUAUAAGUCCUAAAGGUUUUUGCAAUAUAAAAUGCUUUAGAUUAUUGAAAAUCUAGUGCAAAGUUUCAAUUUCAAAUAAUAAACAUGUUAAAUUAAUUCUUUUAAAUUAAAAGUUAGUUAAUUAAA